UUCUGUGUAACACCGGCGAAAGUGCAACAUUCACCGCACCGCAGCAAGAGCUCUAAACUAGUGACUUCGCUCGGAUGCGGUCGCCGCUGUUGAGCUGUCACUCUCCGGUGACUUUGGGGGCUGGUUUUGUUGUUGCACUGACGUCAGCGCGAGCUACAAUGAAGCUGACAACAUCCAUGGGUAUAAAAGCCGGUUUGAAGGCUGGCACUCUGGUGCUCCAAGCUCCUGCUCUGCACCGGGUGAACAUCAGGCUCACCACACGAAGUUAGGGCUGAGGGGAUCAAGAUGCACUUUCUAAGCUUCACAUCCAUCGUGCUACUGCAGCUGACUUUCCUCGGUGUACUGCAUGGUGCCAAGUGGACAUACACUGGGCCAGAGGGAGAGAACCACUGGUCCGAGCAUUAUCCAUAUUGUGGCGGAGCUUUCCAGUCUCCAAUAAACAUCAAGUCAGAGCUGCUAAGGUUUGACCCAACCUUACGUCCAAUUGAAGUUCAAAACUACAACCUGUCACCCAAAGAGCAGCUUACUCUUGGAAAUAAUGGACAUUCUGUACAAAUAUCACUGCCGUCUAAGAUGUACAUCUCCGGCCUGCCUCAGCGCUACACUGCAGCUCAACUCCAUUUCCACUGGGGCUCCUCCAGCAGACCCACAGGAUCUGAACAUAUGGUGAACAACAAGCAGUAUGCAGCAGAGAUGCACGUAGUACACUUCAAUUCAGACAAGUAUCCCAAUAUGUCCAUGGCUGUAGACAAAUCUGAUGGCCUAGCUGUACUGGGUGUCCUGAUUGAGAUCGGAGAGUUCAAUCCGGCCUUUGAACAGUUUCUGAAGUUCAUCAAUGGCAUCAAGUACAGGGAUCAGAAAGUCCAGGUGCCCGGAUUCAACAUCAGAGCACUGCUGCCUGCACGUUUGGAUGAGUAUUAUCGCUAUGAUGGGUCACUGACUACUCCUCCAUGCUAUCCCAGUGUCCUGUGGACCAUAUUCAGGAAUCACAUAACGAUAUCUCGCAAACAGUUUCUGUCCCUGGCAACAGCCCUCUACUCCUCCCAUGCCCAGGACUCAGUCCCUGUGCCUCUGAAUGGCAACUACAGGAAACCGCAGCCCGCUGACAGCAGAGUUGUGCUGGUAUCUUUUAAGGAGGGCAGAGGACUGCACGGUAUUCCCACAGUCACAUCUUCACUUGUGAGGAAGCAAAUCGUUCAGCAGCUGCUGGUUGGUGACCUAGCAGACCUGGCUGACGAAGGGCUGUAUCAGCUCCUACCGCGUGGCUCAGAGAAGAUCCAUGCUGGCAAGAAGAAAGACCUCAAGAACCAACAGAGUGAGACUCUGGCCAAAUCCAAACAACAAACUCUGAACCCAUCCCUAUGGAAGAAGAGCCAGACCAACCGCUCUGUGGGAAAGUUGGGGCUGGCAGAAGACGCACUGUGCUACGUCUCGCUGGAACAGAGAGUUUUCCAUCAGCUCAAACAGUCCCAUGCUGAGACCCAGCUGGUUCAGGCUCUCAGAGAUGCAGUUUUCCCUGAUCUCAACCUCAAGAGCUACCUGGACUGUAAGUCAGACUUAGCUCUCCCCGCCAUCAGGCAUAUCCUCCGUGGACGACCACCAACGGAUGAGGCUAAGGAGUUAGAUCGCUCCCUGACAAAAGCCUUGAUGAAUCAGAAGAAGACUUCCACAACAAUCAAGCAAAGUGUGCCAGUGACAAAGUAUGGCGGCCUCUCUCCUGCUACUGUUCCCAGGAAACCACACAGCCAGGGUUAUCCACAUCCUUGGCUUUUGCCAAUGGAGUGGGAAGACUAGAGAGAUUCCUGACAUAGUUGAGACUCAAAUUAUGUCACUUUUUGUAGCAGACAUCAGUUGAGUGUCCCACAGUGAAAGACUAAUUUUCAAGCCACACCCUGCAUUCCUUUGAUCAAUCUUUCUCACAAAUGUAUUUAAUAUUAAAUUAUUCUUUACUGUAUGUGCACAUAAUUAUAAUAUGAGAAAAAUAUUGUAGUAUGAGUUAAUUUAGUUAACUGUCAGUAUUUUUGCAAACAUACGCUUGUGCAUAACCAAUCACCAGUGCUCAGUACUGUAAGCAGAUUCUAAAACAUGAAGCUAAUCUCAAUAAGUAGAUUUUUUUCAUGAAAAUCUGCUAAAAUGAGAAAAAAUGUCCUUUUGUAAUGGGCUUUAAGUCUGUUUGCAUAAUUUUGCCUUGCCAUACAAUGCUUUAAUACCAACCAAUGCAAACUACAUAAUUCAUGUUUGGGAAUCUAUAUGCAUCAAGCUACACAUAUGACACAAAAUGUCCGGCAAAGAAUAUUUAUAGAUUUAUAUACUGUAUGCCAAGUUCAGUUCUAUAUUAUGGUAAUUGUGGAGCUGUAGUCGUAAUUACUGUCUUGCACAAUAUAGAAAUGCAGCUAACCCAAAAGAAUUUGCAAGAGCUUAAGCGCUUUACGUCACAGCCCUGUCUUCCCUGUCUUACAAUUUGUUCUUCUGUUCAGAAUGCUAUUUUCAAUAAGUAAGGAAGCAGCUACUGUACAUAGGGACCUAUUUUCAAUAAAAGCAUUUUACACAAA